AUGGGUGUAAAGCCAGCUCCAAUGGUUGCUUCAUUUUCAUCAAGGGGUCCCAAUCUCCUUGACCCUGCAAUCCUCAAGCCCGAUGUCACUGCACCAGGAGUCAACAUCAUCGCCGCUUAUAGUGAAGGCAUAUCUCCCACAGGUCUAGAAUCUGACAAACGAAUAACUCCUUACAUGGCAUUGUCUGGCACUUCAAUGGCAUGUCCUCAUGUUGCUGGUCUUGUUGGAUUGCUCAAAUCUCUUCAUCCUAAUUGGAGCCCUGCUGCUAUUAAGUCAGCAAUCAUUACCUCUGCAACUACAAAAGAUCACUCUAAAAGGAAUAUCCGGACUUCAUUAUUGAAGGAGUCAACACCAUUUGACAUUGGUGCAGGCCACAUUCGACCUAAUCGUGCUGCGGCCCCUGGACUUGUAUAUGACUUAAAUACAACUGAUUAUUUGAACUAUCUGUGUGGUCGUGGCUAUGACAGUUCCCAACUUCAGUUGUUCUACAACAAGCCUUAUACUUGUCCAAAGCCGUUCAGUUUAGCAGAUUUCAACUACCCAACAAUCACAAUUCCUCGGAUUGAACCUGGAAAAUCUGUGAAUGUUUCUCGAACUGUUACUAAUGUUGGGUCCCCGAGCGUGUACAGAGUUCGCAUUGAGGCGCCACCAAAGGUUGUAGUUUCGGUUAAGCCUAGGAAACUGAGGUUCAAGAAAAAGGGUGAGAAAAAGGAGUUCAGAGUUUCAAUGACCUUGAGCCCGCAGGCUACUAACAUCACUGGUUUUGCAUAUGGGUUGCUGACAUGGACUGAUCACAAGCACCGAGUUAGAAGUCCAAUUGUAGUUAACUUUUAA